GCGCGUAGACUCCUCCUCAUCUCCGGUGUCAAACUUGACAUCAGCCUCUGAGCCGAGAAUGGUAACUUGUGUCGGUUUCGAAGCCCUCACAUCACUGGCAUGCUUCAUGGAGUUAUGUACCUCGCAUUGCCCUCUGAACUGCCAUCAUGGAUUGCAAACCCUUAGUACUUUUUUUGUUUCUCUGCUUGUUUAUUAGCCGCGCAAAACUCAGCAUUCACCCUUCCAAUGAAGUGAACCUACUGGACUCUAAAGCAAGUCAAGGGGAACUGGGAUGGAUUUCUUACCCAUCACAUGGGUGGGAAGAGAUCAGUGGUGUUGAUGAGCACUAUACACCAAUACGCACCUUCCAAGUAUGUAACGUCAUGGAGUACAGCCAAAACAACUGGCUGAGGACCAACUGGAUUCCGCGCAACUCUGCCCAAAAGAUCUAUGUGGAGCUCAAGUUCACCCUCAGAGAUUGCAACAGCAUCCCCAUGGUCCUCGGCACCUGCAAGGAAACCUUCAACCUCCAUUAUCUGGAAACGGACGAGGACCAGGGCUCCAAAUUCCGGGAGCACCAGUUUUCCAAGAUCGACACCAUCGCAGCCGACGAGAGCUUCACUCAGAUGGACCUUGGAGACCGCAUCCUCAAACUCAACACUGAGGUGCGGGAGGUGGGGCCCAUCACCAGGAAAGGCUUCUAUUUGGCCUUUCAGGAUGUGGGGGCUUGUGUUGCACUGGUUUCAGUGCGUGUGUACUUUAAGAAAUGCCCUUUCAUGGUGAGGAAUCUGGCUAUGUUUCCUGACACCGUGCCCAUGGACUCCCAAUCUUUGGUGGAGGUGAGGGGCUCGUGUGUGAACCACUCGCGAGAGGAGGAACCGCCCAAAAUGUACUGCAGCACGGACGGGGAGUGGCUGGUGCCCAUUGGGAAAUGCCUGUGUAACAUAGGCUUUGAGGAGCGGGGGACAGCCUGCCAAGCCUGCAGGCCUGGUUUCUACCAGGCGUCUUCAGGCAAUGUGAAGUGUUCCAAGUGUCCCCCGCACAGCUUCACCCACCAGGAGGGUUCAGUGCACUGCUCCUGCGAGAAGAACUAUUUCCGUGCGGAGGGCGACCCUGCAUCCAUGGCCUGCACACAGCCACCCUCUGCCCCACGCAAUGUCAUCUCCGUGAUCAAUGAGACGUCUGUGAUCCUGGACUGGAGCAGGCCGGAGGACAUGGGCGGCCGGAAGGAUGUCAUCUUCAACGUGGUGUGCAAGCGCUGCUGGCCGGGGCCGCGGCUGUGUGAGCCCUGCCGAGGCACGGUGCGCUUCCUGCCCCGGGCCAUGGGCCUCCACAACGCCACGGUCACCGUGGCCGACCUGCUGGCACACACCAACUACACCUUUGAGAUCGAGGCGCAGAAUGGAGUAUCCUCGCUGGCUUCGACCCACCGCCAGUAUGCUGCUGUCACCAUAACGACCAACCAAGCAGCACCUUCCCCAGUCACAGUGAUCCGGAAGGACAGGACAUCCCGGAACAGCAUUUCACUGUCCUGGCUGGAGCCGGAGAGACCCAAUGGCAUCAUCCUGGAUUACGAGGUCAAGUACUAUGAAAAGCAGGAACAAGAGACCAGCUACACCAUCCUGAGGUCGAAGGGCACCAACGUGACCCUGAAUGGGUUAAAACCAGACACUACUUACCUGCUUCAGAUCCGCGCCCGGACUGCAGCUGGCUAUGGGAGCAGCAGCCGCAAGUUUGAGUUUGAGACCAGCCCUGACUCAUUCUCUAUCUCCAGUGAGAACAGCCAGGUGGUACUGAUAGCCAUCUCGUCUGCUGUUGUCAUCAUCUUGCUGUCGGUGGUGCUCUACAUUGUGAUUGGCAGGUUUUGUGGUUACAGCAAAUCCAAACACCCGGACGAAAAGAGGCUUCAGUUCGGUAAUGGUCACUUGAGGCUCCCAGGACUCAGGACGUACGUGGAUCCCCACACGUAUGAGGACCCGUGUCAGGCAGUACAUGAGUUUGCCAAAGAGUUGGAUGCUUCCUGUAUAGCUAUUGACAAAGUGGUUGGCGCAGGAGAAUUUGGGGAGGUUUGCAGUGGGCGCCUUAAACUGCCCUCAAAAAAAGAGAUCUGUGUGGCCAUCAAGACUCUGAAGGCAGGCUACACGGACAAGCAAAGGCGGGACUUCCUGAGCGAAGCGAGCAUCAUGGGACAAUUUGACCAUCCCAACAUCAUCAGGCUGGAGGGUGUGGUCACGCGCAGUAAGCCGGUGAUGAUUGUGACGGAGUACAUGGAGAACGGCUCCUUGGACAGCUUCCUGCGAAAACACGAUGCCCAGUUCACCGUCAUCCAGCUGGUGGGUAUGCUGCGUGGCAUCGCCUCUGGCAUGAAAUACCUCUCCGACAUGGGCUACGUCCACAGAGAUCUGGCGGCCCGGAACAUCUUGGUCAACAGCAACCUGGUGUGUAAAGUGUCUGACUUCGGCCUGUCCAGGGUGCUGGAGGACGACCCCGAGGCUGCCUACACAACACGGGGCGGCAAGAUCCCGAUCAGGUGGACUGCACCCGAGGCCAUCGCUUACCGCAAGUUCACCUCAGCCAGCGACGUGUGGAGCUACGGCAUCGUGCUGUGGGAAGUCAUGUCGUACGGAGAGAGGCCUUACUGGGAGAUGUCCAAUCAGGAUGUAAUCAAAGCGGUGGACGAGGGCUACAGACUGCCCCCGCCGAUGGACUGUCCCGCCGCACUCUACCAGCUGAUGCUGGACUGCUGGCAGAAGGACCGCAACAACCGGCCAAAGUUUGAGCAGAUCGUCAGCAUCCUGGACAAGCUCAUUCGCAAUCCCGGCAGCCUGAAGAUCACAGCCAACACCACCUCCAGGCCUGCAAACCUUCUCUUGGACCGAAACAACACAGACAUCACGUUUCGGACCAUGGGUGACUGGCUGGAGACUGUUCAGACUCUCCCCUGCAAGGAGGCCUUUACUGGGGUCAGCUACAGCUCGUGCGACACCUUAGCCAAGACUUCCACAGAAAUCUGUAUGGCUGAAGUCAGGCCGGCAGCUACUUGUCCUGAGUGGGAGCCCUCCAUGGGAAUCACGACACUUUAACCCCUAAAGACUGGAUGGGAUUUCAAGAAAGUUGGUGUGACGAUCGUUGGACCGAAGAUUGUGAGCAGCAUCCAAGCACUUGAAGCACACACAAAGAAUGGCCCGGUCCCUGUGUAAACUGCAGGACACUAUCACUGCUUUUGGCUUUAAAAGACGAGAAGAAUUCUGCAUUGAAACAAAACAAUGACAAACAAUAGAUAUAACAGGAGAGAGUAGAUACAACACGAUUAGGGUAUCUGCAGUUCAGGGCAAGCUCCCUGGAGGGAGAGAGAGACACACAUCCUAGGGACGAGUGGUGCUCAGUAAGAGCAUGAACACCCCCAAGAUCCCCACCAAUGAUGUAUGGCCUUAUUACUGAGGCCCAGGAGAAGAUGCAGCAUGCAGGAGCUGUGUGUGGCAGCUGAGAGGGGAGCUGUAACUGAGCUUGUGUUCUGGGUGAUGUCUUCCUGCUCUGCACCUUUGCCACCAUACACCUGUGACAUGGUGAAGCCUGAGAGCAGAGGCCCUGUUUGUAGAACAGGAUGGAGUUAAUGGAGCCAUUAACCUGUCCAGCUGCCCUCUUUGAGUAGGUACGGAUAAAAAGACUCAACAGAGGAGCUGUUUAAAUGCCUUUUAGUAACAAAAAUGCACCAAUUCAACAAACCUCCUGAUACAUUAAUCGGGUUUGGAGAGAAACCUGAGGAGGAGAUUUUGUCAGCUUUGUUCCCUUCUUCCCCUUCUAGAAAAGACUGUGUACCGUAUCCAGCCCCCUCACUUCGCCACUGAGUGUGACCUUUUGACUUUGGGAAGGUUUGGUUUGGGGAAGACCAAAAAAAAUCCUCUUGUUAGCAGGAAGGAGGCCCUUCUGGCCUUGUAAACGCUAACUAGGCCUAUGCCAAGCAAUAUUUAUCCACUAAGACUGUCGAGCUGAGUACAUGGGAUUGUCAAAUAAGGCAAUAUGCAUUUCAGAGAAUUAUGUUAGUGCUUUUUUCUAAAGGUCGAGCACUAAAAUUACUCGCUUGAAAGUUGCUGUCACAAGGUUUGAAAAGGCUUGAAAUGAAACAGAGGGAGUGGUGUUAAUAAUCUUCAAAGCAGUCUUCCAAUGACUGAACCCAACAUUUUGAAUCUGGUGAGUCACUGGCUGAAUUAUAUCAUGGUUAUAUUUGCUUGGAGGAAUCUCCUAUUUGAAAUAAAAUAAACUUGAAAAAAUAUCCAUUCAGAAAGUCUUAUCCACUGACUUAAGAUGAAUUUAAUUAAUGAAUAAGUAGAUACUACAUAGUAUCAUAUUCUACUAUGCUACAAUACAUGCACAUUGCCAGAUGACACAAAAUGUUUACUAGUAAUAAGUUCAGGCAAGGAGUGAAUUUACUGAGAGAACUUUGUAUUUCUUGCUGGCAGUGUCCCUUUAAAUGGAAGCAUUAGUUUGUAUUGAUAAUGUGAAUGGACUGAGUAGAAGACAUGACUCUCUCAUCCUUUUCUAAAAAUGUGUUGAUCAGGGCUCAGACAUCUACAAAGAGCACUUCCAGAGGACUGGGUGGCUUGUGCAAAAUCUCAGGAUGCAUGUUCCUCAUUGAUCUGAGAUAGCUAGACAAAUAGGCAAACGACAGGAUAAGGAGGCGGGAUAGAGAUUGAAAAAAGAAAUGCAGAGAGAAAGUGCACCAUGCAACUAACUGAACUAUUACCCAACCGAAUGUCCUGUCCAGUUUGGAGCAGUCUGCACCGCAGACAUCCAACAUUCGAAGCGGAGGGUAACAUGUUGUAGCCUCUCCCAUUAGCAUAUCUGCAAAUCACAUUUGAUGUGCAUGCAGACAAUGGUCAGCCCUUUGAGUGGGAAAGAACUGCAGCCUUGCAAGCAAUGUAUUCCUUACCCCAUCCUCUCAGUUCCUCACUAGAUGAACAUCUCAAGUCUUCCUCCGUCCCUUCCAACCUGCCUGUAGAUGUUGCUGCUCUCCCUACUGUUAGCAUGUAUAUAUGUAAACAAGACCUUGUAAUGAUAGCAACAGUGAACCUAGCGGUACAGUCCCUUUUCCUGGCCAUCCCAUUGUACAAAUGUUUGUAUGUAUAAAAGAACAAUGAAAUAUGUGUGCAACAUUUAAAUAAAAAUAAUUUGUAUGAUAUGUUAUUUUAUAUUUGUUUUUUACUGUUUAAAAAAAAAAAAUCAACUAUAAUUACCUAUUUAUUUGUUAACAUACACUCUACAGUGCAAAUUCUUGGAAUGUUUGGUUUGUAGCAUACAGUAAGUUAUGACAUGGUGACGUGACAAUGAUAUUAGUGUUUUAUAUUUACUUUAUAGACAUGGCGUUUUAAAAGAGCAAUACUGUUUUCCUCCCCCCCCCCCCCCCCCCCCACCUGUCCUUUCCUCUUUCAUUAGACCUGUGUGUGCGCGUGUGUGCUGGAGUGUGUGGGAUGUGCAAAUGUAGAUGGCCUUGUCUACUAAUGUAAAGUGAUUUGUAGUGGAAACAUUUAUAUUUUUAUAAUAAACAUUCUCAAAAUAUUUUCUAAAGAAAGAAUUCUGAGAAA